AUGAAGCAGCGAUCCGCAUGCCCGCUCUGCUACAAAGCCACCAGUCAUAUUGUUAAAGUGGACCGAAGCGGGUCAGAGGCAGAGGUGGUGGUGGAGAAGCGCACUGCUCAGGAGUUUGAAGCGGAGCUGUUUGUUCGCGAUGAGGAUGAUGACGUACCGGAACAAGUGGACGAUAUAACAGUAGCGUAUGCAAGCUGUCGUGAAUGUCAGCGUUCGGAUAAUGAGCAUUUGCUACUCCUUUGUGAUGGUGUCGUUGGUGAAGGCGCCAGCGGAGUUCCGGUCCGCUGCAAUGUUGCUUAUCACAGCUACUGCUUGCCGGAAAAGUUGGAUCGCGUCCCAGAAGGGGACUGGUUCUGUCCGUUCUGCACGAAAAAACCCGAAUCCGAGCCGUCGGUUCAUGAUGCGCCAAACGAAGGUGUGAUCGAUGCACAACAAGCUGCACUCAGCGGCAUGCAAGAAUUCAGCAUAAGCGAUUUGGAAUCAUCAGAUACUGAGGACAGCGCUCCUGCCAAUGUGCAAAUAAGAAGAAAGAAGAUAACGACGAUAAGGACAAUCAAGCGUAAGCUGAUAAAGCGCAGCCAGUAA